GUCGCCCUCCCCAGCCACAGCAGCCGCCAGCAGCCGCUCUCGGACGGCGUCGAGGCGGCGACCAUGAACGCUCACGCGUGUCCCCGCAGGCUGGCGCUCCGCUCCCGGUCGGCGGUGGUGGCCGCCGCGCUGGCUGUGCUGCUCAUCCAGACUCUGCUGGCGUGGAACUUCAGCAGCCUGGACGGAUCAUCUGGCGGGGAGCGGGGCAGCCGCGAGAAGCGAGCGGUCGGCCCCGACAAAGCCGACGCGCAACCGCCCAGGAGCGGGUUACGAAGGAGGAACGAGCCGCCGCUGGAGCUCGGUUACGCAGCCGGGAAACACAAGCUUCGAGCCGACGUUUACCGCUCCCACCGGCCCAAAGAGAAGCGACGUCCUUCCCCCGACAGCAACAACAACGAGAACUCAGUCCCUAAAGACUUUGACAACGUGGACAGCGGCCACCCGAGAGGGCUGUCGCAGCGCCAGCGAGGGGCGCCGCCGCUCGUUGAUGUCGAGCGCAAAUUGGACAAAGCGCAAGGCACCCUGGGAAAAUCAGCCAACCAAGUUAUCAAGGUCCCUGAAGCGGGACAGAACAGCCGUAACGGAAGCCGGGUCCCAGAAUGGUCAAAAAAGACGGUGAGCGCCCCGUCGGCUGCGUCGCCAACGUUGCUGGCGUCGCCAUCUGAGUGCGAGAUCGGCGGCAAGGAGGUCAUCUCGGCGCUGUCCCGGGCCAAAAGUCGAGAGUGUCGUCAGCGAAUGGCCGACGUCUAUUGCCGACACAAGAAGGAGCUGCUCAUGCCGCACAAACUUCCUCGAUACUGCCCCCUGCAGGGUAAAGUAAGCGUGAACAUCCAAUGGGACGAAGAGCACGCAUCUGACUCCGCCCCUUUGUCACCAGCGCGGGUGGCCUUUGUGCUGGUGGUGCACGGGCGGGCCUCGCGCCAGUUCCAGCGCCUCUUCAAGGCCAUCUACCACACGGCGCACUUCUAUUACAUCCACGUUGACCAGAGGUCUAACUUCCUGCACCGCGAGGUGACGCUGCUGGCCCGCCAGUACGCCAAUGUGCGCGUGACGCCGUGGAGGAUGGCGACCAUCUGGGGGGGCGCCAGCCUGCUGAGCAUGUACUUGCGCGCCAUGGAGGACCUCCUCAACAUGGACGACUGGUCGUGGGACUUCUUCGUCAACCUCAGUGCCGCCGACUACCCCAUCAGGACCAACGAUCAGCUGGUUGCAUUCUUGUCCAAACAUCGCCACCUCAACUUUAUCAAGUCUCACGGCCGCGACAAUGCCCGUUUCAUCCGCAAGCAGGGUCUGGACCGUCUCUUCCUAGAAUGCGACACGCAUAUGUGGCGCCUGGGAGACCGCAAGAUCCCGGAAGGCAUCGCGGUGGACGGUGGUUCUGAUUGGUUCCUGCUCAACCGGGCCUUCGUGGAAUACGUGGUGCGAUCCAUCGACAAGCUGGUGGCUGGCUUGAAGCAAUUCUACGCCUUCACGCUCCUCCCUGCUGAGUCGUUCUUCCACACAGUGCUGGAGAACAGCGCCCUCUGUGGGAGCAUGGUGGACAACAACCUGAGGCUAACCAACUGGAACCGCAAGCUGGGCUGCAAAUGUCAGUACAAGCACAUCGUGGAUUGGUGCGGAUGCUCGCCCAACGACUUCAAGCCUGCCGACUUGCCGCGCUUCCAGCAAGCAUCGCGGCCCACCUUCUUCGCCAGGAAGUUCGAGGCCAGCGUGAGCCAAGAGGUCAUCAACCAGCUCGACGCACAGUUGUUUGGGGUCCCGGCGCCGGGCAUGCCAGGCCUCAGUGCGUACUGGGAGAACGUCUACGAGCGGGAGACGGACGGCACGGAUGGCCUGUCGGACGCCGCGCUCAGCCACUAUCACGCCUUUGCUCGCUUUGGCCUUGAUCGCGCCGCCGCUGCACUGCAAGGGCGCCCCGGUGACAAUAGCUGCAGGUAUGAGGCGGCUGGUCACCCGCUGUCUGUGCACAUGUACUUCCUGUCAGACCAGUUCCAGGGUUACUUGGUGCGCCACACGGCAGUAAACCAAGCCUCCACCCAGUUGGAGACUCUGGAGACCUGGGUUACACCCCGGGACCACUUUAGCCUGGCAAGCCCUCCGCACCCCAGCAACAGGCUACUCCACAUACAGGUGGGAAUGGGGUGGGACCCCAAAGAGCGCGUGUUCAGCGUGCGCGGGGGCCUGCUGGGUCCGGAGGACGAGCCGGCGGCGGUGCAGCGGUGGAGCCGCGGGGGUCCGGCGGUGGGCAACCUGACGGCCACGGUGGUGUGGAUCGACCCCACCAACGUGAUCGCCGCCACCUACGACAUCCACGUAGAUGCCGCCGCAGACGUCACCCACUAUCGCCCCCCGCUGACCCGCCCCCUCCGGCCUGGCAUCUGGACCCUUAGGGUCCUCAACCGGUGGAGUCUACUAGGACAGACCAGCUUCACCGUGGCCCCGCUGCAGUUCCGCCGACAGCAGCCCAUCACACAAGAGGAGGCAUCGCGUGUCCACAGAGGCCCGGCCCGGAACUCCUACAUGGAGCAGAGCUUCCACGGGCUGAACCCGGUCCUGCGUCUGCCUGUCAGCUUGGGGGCGGUGGAAGAGGCGGAAGCCAAUGCCAGCCUGACGGGGGCACCGUUGCGUCUGUGGCUUGACCGCCUGUUGGCCGGGUUCUGGGCGGCGGCGGACGUCUGCGCCGUCGGCCCCGCCGUCUGUCCCGUUCUGCAGCGCUGCCGCCGGACAGCCUGGAGCUCAUACAGCCCGGACCCCAAGUCCCAAAUCGGACCCCCCCGACCCGAUGGACGCAUCAGGUAACCAAAGGAGAACUUUCAAGUUUUUACUUUUAUUUCCAUGGACUACACACAAGCCUCCUGUUCGUCUCAUUUUGAGGCCUUUUAUUUUGAAAGUCUGGGCACCUUUAGUAUGCAACUUGUACCCUCAUGUUGAACAAGAAUGCCCAGAGUUUUUUUUAGAAUUUUAGUCCGGCCUGUCGAGUGUUUCCAUUUUCAAGAGUCCGAUAAUAUUUUUCAUUUUAUUAUUUUUAGUUUUUAAAAAAAGCCCCACCACCACCUGACUCAACCACAUUGUUUUUUUUUAUUUAUCGCAUUAAAUAUGGUUUUUUUCAUACAACUUUAUUGUAUAAUUUAUUAUCCUGUGAUACAAAAUUCACAAAAAGUGAAUUGUAUUUAUUCUUUCAUGAUGCUUUUAUCUAAUUUAAUAAGUGGUUAAUUGUAUUAUUACAUUAUUUUAUAUAAAUAUAUGACACACACACAUAUAUAUUAUAUAUCAAUCAUAAAAUACAGUCCAGGAUUUUGUCGAUUGAAUGGAUUUAUUCAUUUGUUAUUUCUGUACCCCAUUAAAUAACUGGUUGAUUGUAAUAUAUAUGUUGUUCUAUCCAACUACUUAGUGUUUAUUAAAUAACUCCUUGUUUACAAUAAAAAUAAUAAUAAUUCUAAUAACAAACUAUAAAAUGAAAAUGAUCUAAGAUCUCAUUAUUACAAUUUUACCUUUUGGUUGUUUUUUUUUUUUUUAAUUAAAAAUGAAAGCACUCGUUUUCCCGACUCCAGUUUGGAUGCUAGUGGAACAUCAUUGGAGCAAAACAGAGUUUUAAAGCGGACUUGCGCUCAUUUCCUCUUGUUGUUUCACAGGAAGUGACGCAAUUGUGUUAUUAUACAUGUUUAAGUUAUACAGUACAUUAUUUUGAAGCAACUUCCAGUGUUGGGGCCCCAAGGAGCAGCCGGUGCCCAGGUUGACCCUCAACACAAAUACUGUACAGCAAAUAUUUCAUAAUUUUGUAUUUGUUUCCGUUGGAAUUUAUUGACAAAAGUAUUUAUUUGUUACGGUGAAGGUGUUACCAUGGCAACUGACAAGCACAACUUCUAAGAUGUGCCUCAAAAGAGACCCUCCAAAGACGGGCGGCUCAUUCAUACAAAAAAUAUUUUUCAAACAAAUGUUGUGAAUUACAGGUGAACACUGUGAGAUUUCAAGCUGCCUCACAUUUGUACUUUCUUAUUUAAGAAAAGUUAAUAUAAAUUAUUUAAAUGUUUCAUAUUUGUAAUGUUUUUAAACAUGUUUGUCAUGAACUUUUUUUUUUCCUCGCUGCUCUUUGAUGACACUCGUGAUUUUGUGCCUUUUGUGUUCCACACUGAAAAUGUCACAUGGACGCCUUUGAACGACAACUUUGGGAACAAUAAAUCAUUUCCAAAAAAAUGUCAACUCCUUCUUUUUGUUUUCAUUUUCAAGACAAACCUCCACAAUCACGAUUCAGUUGUUGGGGGUCUUCAUAUUCUAAUGGUUUCCAUAGUUACGACUUUGAAGCGGAUGUAAAUACCGCCUUUCACAUUGUUUUGCAUAUACGAGUUAACACUGCCAAAGACAAGGUGCCCAUUUUAUGUAAAAGAACCGGAAGCUUGAGACCUGAAAUACACUUCCCUCCAAAAGUAUUACAAAGGCACUUCCAAUUCCUUUGUUUUUAUUGUAUACUGAAUCAAUUUUGGUUUCAUUCUGUUUUGGAAAAUCUUUUUCUGACACCAUAAGUAAGGAAGCAAUCUUGAAGCCUCAAGAAUAGUCAGGGUAGUGUCAACAAAGCCAGAAAAACAAUAAGUUUGAUUUUUAUACCGUAAAAUCAAUUUGUGUGAAGCUGUCCACUUUACAUGUGACCAAAAGUAUUGCAACAGACACAAUUACCGUAAUUUAAGGCCUAUAAGCUGCGACUUUUUUCACACGUUUGCAACCCUGCGCCAUCUGCGGUUAAUUUGUGCAUUUUUUCUAACAGCCGCAAAGGCGCAUUUGAGCGGAAAAGGUAAGAGUGAGAUGGUGGAAUCAAUGUGGCGAGGAAGUGACUUUUAAUGGUAUGUUUUUUUGAACAGACCCUGUUAGUGCUGCGCUAGCGUUAGCGUCUUGCUGGUGUGUUACUGCCGUUUCUCAGUGAUUUUUUUAGCUAUGUUGUUUUUUUACCAGCCCUGUCAGCGCUGUGCCAGCGUGUUGCUGAUGUGUUACUGCUGCGUCUCAGUGAUUAAGUUUUUUUUUUUUUUUUUUAAACCAGUAGUUACCAUUAGUGCUAUGCUACGGUGUUGCUACUGUGUAGGUGCCACGGCUGUUUUUCUUUUUUUUUUUUUACCGGUAUGUUUUUUUUUAACACCCCUGUUCAUGUUACUGUGUUGUUGCUACGUUAAGCUAAGCUACGGUAUUGAGACUCUUUGUGUAUUGUCUUUCUUUGGAAAUAUCUCAUGUUUCAAUGUGGGCACUUGCAGCUUUUACACAGGUGCAGCUUAGGCAUGUACCAAAUGGUAUUGCCUUUACAACUGUACUGGCUGCGGCAUAUAAUCAGGUAAGGAAUCAGGAAUUAUGGUAAAAUAACUUAAAGUGAAUAAUAUUUAAGAUUUGGCAUCAUAACUCUUACUUGCAAUCACUGCAUCAAAGCUUUUCCAUGCAACCUCUUUCAGUCCUUUUUUUGUUUCUCGGGGUUUCUCUCUUCAGUCUCCUCUGCAGCAGCAGGUUAAAUGCAUUCUCUAUUGGGUUAAGGUCCAGUGAUUGACUUGACCAGUCGAAGACCUUCCCAUUUACCCCCCUGACGAAGUAUUUCAUGUCUUGGGAGUACGUUUUGGGUCAUUGUCUUGUUGCAUAAUGAAGCGUCUCCCAAUUAGUUUGGAUCCAUUUUUCUUUAAACUACCAGACAAAAUGGUACCUCUACUGGGCAUGGGUAUCACAAUCCACUGUUUAAAGCAGACUUUUGGGGAAGAAAUAUAGAGACCAUACCACAAAACACAAACCACUCAUCAGCAAAAAGAUUCAGAAGGCUAGAUCGGAUUUGGCAAAUACGUAAAUACACAGAUGAGCCACUUCAGCGCUCCGACAAUGUUUUAUGUACUAAUGAGACCAAGAUUCACCUCUACCAAAGUGAUGGAAAGGACCUGUUUAUGAUCCAAAAUGCACAAGGUCAUCUGUGGAGCCUAGUGGAGGUAAUGUCAUGGCCUGGGCUUUCAUGGCUGCUUCUGGGUUUGGUGUAGAAAAAGAUUUAUGGGUGACUUGGCAGCUAGUGUGUGGGCUAGGUCUAUGAGCUGGUGUGUCCACUUCAAAGCGCCUCCUGACCACAUGGAAAAGCCCUACAGUGGCCCUGUGCAGGAUAUAGUCCAGCCAUCA